GGGUGUCAAAGAUUUUUGCUUAUAAAAAUAUUGAUUAGGAUACAUAAGCAGAUUAGGUGAUGGAUUUUUGCUCGUUAUCGCACCCAUCGCCGGUGCCUCUUCUCCGGCGAGGCCGAAGUUCAAUCUGCUUCACAUACAAGACAGUGCGAUAUUUUCCCUACGUGAGAUGCACUCUGAAUCCCAGCUGCGAUACUAGGGAAACCCAGGUCCGAAGUCGAAUGUUCAUUUUGGGAAUGGGGUUCGUCGGAGAGUUCUUUGCUGCAGAUUUAAAGUGUAAAGGAUGGACAGUAUCUGGAACGUGUACCAGCACUGACAAGAAAAAGAGACUGGAGGAAAUGGGAUACCAUGCUUUUGUCAUUGAUGCCAAAGAUCCAUUACCAGAGGUCCUAGAUGUCAUGAAAUGUCACUCACACCUUCUAAUCUCCAUUCCAACAGUUCCUGGACUCGGUGAUCCUGUAAAUCUUACAUACUUCAUCAAUAUUAAUCAUUUCAUCACUUUAAAGGUCCGCUUGGAACUCUGGAAAUGCUAGGGUGAGGGGUUUGGAGAUGCUUCAACAUAGAGAAUUACUUAAUGAUAGAUUGAAUGACGGUGACCUCAGGUGGCUAGGCUACUUGUCAUCAACAAGUAUAUAUGGAGAUUGUGAUGGUGCAUGGGUAAAUGAGGAGUUUCCAGCAAAGCCUACAAGUGAAUUGGCCAAAGCUAGAUUAGCUGCUGAAGAAGGAUGGUUGCAAUUGGGUCUUGAUCUUGAGGUUGCUGCACAAGUAUUCCGACUUGGUGGCAUCUAUGGCCCUAGCAGAAGUGCUGUUGAUACCAUUCUUAAGAAGGGGAAUCUUUCAAGGAGUCAGGUGAUGAGAUCAUCUAAGAAUUUUACUUCUCGGAUUCAUGUUGCUGACAUCUGCCAAGCACUCAAUGCCAGCAUCCAGAAUCCAUGUCCGGGUAGGGUAUACAACAUAGUAGAUGAUGACCCAGCCUCUAGAAAGGAAGUGUUUAGAUUUGCUCAGAGUUUGGUGGAGAAGAAAUGGCCGGAUAGGGUCAUCAAACAAUGUAACCCUAAUGACGACUCCCUAGAUAAAGGAACAUAUAGAGGUGAAAAGCGAGUAUCGAAUGCCCGGAUGAAAGAAGAAUUGGGAGUGAAGCUGCUUUACUCAACAUACAAGUCUGGCUUGGUUAGCAUCAUUGAGCACAUGGCUACACCCUAACAUUGACUUAAAUUCUUGCUUGCUGCUCAAGUGAAUUGAGCUUGGCAUGCUUAAUACUUCAUGCAUCAAGAAAUUGCCUAUUGACAGGGAUAAAGUAUAUAUUUUGGUCAGGUGAAUGACUUUAAAGUAGAGGCAAGUUGUGAAUGUUUGCUGGACUGGUUUUGAGGGUGUUCCUUUCAGGUUUUUGAAAUUGGCUUUGCUUUUCUCUCAGUAGGAAUCUGAAGAACACCUUUUUGAAAUAGUUGGCGCACUUCCUAGAAGUGAUUUUCUGAGUCCUGAAAGUGAUACUAAUUUCAAAGAAGAUCAUCUCAUGAUCCUAAAUAUUGAUUGUGAUUAUCAUUAUGUUUGAGAUUUUUCUUUGAAUAUUACUAACAUUGAUCAUCUGGAUCAGUCGCUCGUUGGUGAUUAGCUAUGGUCAGUUGACCACUAGUAAUUGUAUUGUUAAUAUUUAUGCUCAAAAAUUUAAAAGUUACAUUUUUAUACACCAGUUAUUCAAUAAGUAUUUGGUAAUACUUGAA